CCUCCCCAUCUCCCCUCGGUUCACCUCCCCUAUUUCCCGGGGUGGGACCGUCGGGAGGCGGGAGGCGUGGAGGGGCUGCCGAGGGGCGUCCGGUUACGUCUCCGCCUUCUUCAGCCUCCGGCCGCCGAGCCGCUGGGUUUGCGGGACAGCAGUUGGGGAACAUGUUGGCUGCGAUGCGCCGGAGCGGGCCUGCGUGGACGCGGGCGCUGCUGCUGCAGCUGCUGCUGGCGGGGCCCGGGGGCUGCCUGAGCCGCCAGGAGCUCUUUCCCUUCGGCCCCGGACAAGGGGACCUGGAGCUGGAGGCCGGGGACGACCGCAUCUCCCCAGCCCUGGAGCUGAAAGGGGCGCUCCGCUUCUUCGACAAAUCCGACAUCCACUCGGUCUACGUCACCACAAAUGGCAUCAUUGCCACGAGUGAACCCCCAGCCAAAGAAUCCCAUCCUGGGCUCUUCCCACCGACCUUUGGAACAGUCGCGCCCUUCCUGGCGGACUUGGACACGACGGAUGGCCUCGGGAAGGUUUAUUAUCGAGAAGACUUAUCCCCUUCUGUCACUCAGCUGGCAGCAGAGUGUGUCCAGAGAGGGUUCCCGGAAGUCUCUUUCCAGCCCAGUAGUGUGGUGGUUGUCACCUGGGACUCUGUGGCCCCCUACCAAGGGCCCAGCAAGGACCCUGCCCAGGAAGGCAAGAGAAACACAUUCCAGGCUGUGCUGGCCUCCUCGGAUUCCAGCUCCUACGCCAUUUUCCUUUAUCCUGAAGAUGGUCUGCAGUUCUCUACGACAUUCUCAAAGAAGGAGGAGGACCAAGUUCCCGCUUUGGUGGCAUUCAGUCAAGGUUUAGUGGGAUUACUGUGGAAGAGCGACGGAGCUUAUAACAUAUUUGCUAACGACAGAGAAUCAAUCGGAAAUUUGGCCAAGAGCAGCAACUCUGGGCAGCAGGGUGUCUGGGUGUUUGAGAUUGGAAGUCCAGCCACAGCCAGCGGCGUGAUAUCUUCAGACGUGAACCUCGGACUGGACGAUGGAGCAGAAUAUGACGAUGAAGAUUAUGACUCAGUGACACAUCUGGGCCUGGAGGAUGUAGGCACCACAUCCUUCCCCUAUGAGACUCCAAGAAGGGGAGACACUGGCACACACAACAGGCCCAGUGUCCUCUCCCCCCGCCACCUGGCUACCGAGAGACCCCUGGGGCCUCCCACAGAGAGGACCAGGUCUUUCCAGUUGCCGGUGGAGAGAUUUCCCCAGCAACACCCACAGGUCAUAGAUGUGGAUGAAGUUGAGGAAACAGGAGUUGUUUUCAGCUACAACACGCAUUCCCGCCAGACGUGUGCCAACAACCGACACCAGUGCUCCGUGCAUGCAGAAUGCAGGGACUUCACUACGGGCUUCUGCUGCAGCUGUGUUGCAGGCUACACGGGGAAUGGCCGGCAGUGUGUUGCAGAAGGUUCCCCCCAGCGAGUUAAUGGCAAGGUGAAAGGAAGGAUCUUCGUGGGGAACAGCCAGGUCCCCAUCGUCUUCGAGAACACCGACCUCCACUCCUAUGUGGUGAUGAACCACGGGCGCUCCUACACAGCCAUCAGCACCAUUCCCGAGACUGUUGGGUAUUCUCUGCUUCCUCUGGCCCCUGUUGGAGGCAUCAUUGGAUGGAUGUUUGCAGUGGAGCAAGAUGGAUUCAAGAAUGGGUUCAGCAUCACAGGAGGCGAGUUCACCCGCCAGGCCGAGGUGACCUUUGUGGGGCACCCGGGCAAGCUGGUGAUUAAGCAGCAGUUCAGCGGCAUCGACGAGCACGGACACCUGACCAUCGACACGGAGCUGGAGGGCCACGUGCCGCAGAUCCCGUUCGGCUCCUCGGUGCACAUCGAGCCCUACACAGAGCUCUACCACUACUCCCGUGGGGUGAUCACAUCCUCCUCCACCCGGGAAUACACCGUGACGGAGCCCGAGCGAGAUGGCGCUGCCCCUUCACACGUCCACACUUACCAGUGGCGCCAGACCAUCACCUUCCAGGAGUGCACCCACGACGACUCCCAGCUGGCCCUGCCCAGCACCCAGCAGCUCUCGGUGGACAGCGUGUUUGUCCUGUACAACCAGGAAGAGAGGAUCUUGCGCUAUGCUCUAAGCAACUCCAUCGGUCCUGUGAGGGAUGGCUCCCCUGAUGCCCUUCAGAAUCCUUGCUACAUCGGCACUCAUGGCUGUGACACCAACGCGGCCUGCCGCCCCGGCCCCGGGACACAGUUCACCUGCGAAUGCUCCAUCGGCUUCCGAGGAGACGGGCGGACCUGCUCUGAUAUCGAUGAGUGUUUAGAACAGCCCUCGGUGUGUGGGAGCCACGCGAUCUGCAAUAACCACCCGGGAACCUUCCGCUGUGAGUGUGUGGAGGGCCAUCGGUUUUCAGAGGAGGGAACCUGUGUGGCUGUCGUGGACGAACGCCCCAUCAACUACUGCGCGAGUGGCCUCCACGACUGUGACAUACCCCAGCGGGCCCAGUGUAUCUACACGGGCGGCUCCUCCUACACCUGUUCCUGUUUGCCAGGCUUCUCUGGGGAUGGCCGAGCCUGCCAAGACGUGGACGAAUGCCAGCCAAGCCGAUGUCACCCUGACGCCUUCUGCUACAACACUCCAGGUUCCUUCACGUGCCAGUGCAAACCUGGAUAUCAGGGAGACGGCUUCCACUGUGUGCCUGGGGAAGCGGAGAAAACCCGAUGCCAGCAUGAGCGAGAACACAUCCUGGGAGCGGCUGGGGCAGCGGACCCACAGCGGCCCCGGCCACCAGGGCUGUUUGUCCCCGAGUGUGACGAGCACGGGCACUACACGCCCACCCAGUGCCACGGCAGCACUGGCUACUGCUGGUGCGUGGAUCGUGACGGCCGUGAGGUGGAGGGCACCAGGACCAGGCCCGGGAUGAAGCCCCCCUGUCUGAGUACAGUGGCUCCCCCGAUUGACCACGGACCCUCAGUUCCCACCUCUGUGAUCCCCCUGCCACCCGGGACCCACUUACUCUUUGCCCAGACCGGGAAGAUAGAGCACCUGCCCCUGGAGGGAAGCACCAUGAAGAAGACAGAAGCCAAGGCAUUGCUUCAUGCCCCGGAUAAAGUCAUCAUUGGACUGGCCUUCGACUGUGUGGACAAGAUGGUUUACUGGACCGACAUCAGUGAGCCGUCCAUUGGGAGAGCCAGUCUGCAUGGUGGAGAGCCGACCACCAUCAUUCGACAAGAUCUUGGAAGCCCAGAAGGCAUUGCCCUUGACCAUCUUGGCCGCAACAUCUUCUGGACAGAUUCUUACCUGGAUCGAAUAGAAGUUGCAAAGCUGGAUGGCACCCAGCGCCGGGUGCUGUUUGAGACUGAUUUGGUGAAUCCCAGAGGCAUCAUAACGGAUUCCGUGAGAGGGAACCUUUAUUGGACAGAUUGGAACAGAGAUAGCCCCAAAAUUGAAACUUCCUACAUGGACGGCACAAACCGGAGGAUUCUUGUACAGGAUGACCUGGGCUUGCCCAACGGGCUGACCUUUGACGCCUACUCGUCUCAGCUCUGCUGGGUGGAUGCAGGCACCAAUCGGGCGGAAUGCCUGAGUCCCAGUCAGCCCAGCAGACGCAAGGUUCUUGAAGGGCUCCAGUAUCCUUUUGCUGUUACGAGCUAUGGGAAGAAUCUGUAUUACACAGACUGGAAGACGAAUUCUGUGGUUGCUGUAGAUCUCGCUAUUUCCAAAGAGACGGAUACCUUCCACCCCCAAAAGCAGACCCGGCUGUAUGGCGUCACCACCGCGCUGUCUCAGUGUCCCCAAGGUCACAACUACUGCUCAGUGAACAAUGGUGGCUGCACCCACCUCUGCUUGGCCACCCCAGGAAGCAGGACCUGCCGUUGCCCUGACAACACCCUGGGAGUUGACUGUAUCGAGCGGAAGUGAAGACAAAAGUGCCUUGUUCCCUCUCCAAGUAUUUCACAGCAACACCUACUUGAAAGGGUCCAGACUGAAAACGGUCUGACCUGGUGGCUGAGUGGCCACCAGGCCCUGGUCAACCCAGCUUGAGCCCCGACAACGUUCCCCUCACUGUUCCCCAGAACAUAUGCCCUGGGCUUCUGGAAUGGGAGUCUCUACCCAUACACAAAGACAGAAAACUCCCUUGACCCCAGCUCUCAGAUAGCUUAUAGAGCCCGAGUGAGGGUUAUAUGCCCCAUCCCAGAGCUCUGGAACCUUUCCCCAACCUUAGCACCCCAGUGGUGAGCAGAACCCCCCCAGGCCUGAGUUGCCCCCUUCUGUGGCCUUAUGAGCUCAGCCUCACUCUGAGCUACCGUCCUGUCAGCUGCUCGACGUACCAGCCAGGGCCACCCAGGCAAGGCUGUGAGUGAAGGAGGGAGUUAGCCCUCCCACACUUUUUCUCUUGGUGCUCUGAUUUCCCUAGCUCUUUAUCCCCGAGUUCCAUACCACCUGCAUCCUGCUCGAGGUCCCCAUUAUAGUAAGCGCGCCUUGUCUUUUGAUCACAAUCCAUCCCAUCCUAGGGACAUAUGGGUGUGUGGUAGAUGAGAAUGAGUAGCCCCUCCCAAAUGAUUUAUUGGCAUUUCAGCUGUAGCCUUUGGUAGUCAAAGGCUUCAAUCAAAGGAGUAUCCAGUGGUACGACUUUCAAGGUGUAGAGUCAGAUGUUUGAGGGUAGGGAUUCUUUUGAUGUGCCUUAAAUUAUGCCAAAGAUUACCAAGUUAUUCCUCUUCCCCAAAGCACCUGGAUCCCAGCAUCUGGUCUCCUGGGCAGCAUGGCCCCACUGCCGGCACCCAUGUCCAGCCUCCUCAUGAAGACCCGUCUGAGACACAGGCAGGGGCUGGCACCAGUGAUGACCCCCGUCUAGUCCCUCACCUCUGGCGAUCACUCACGAGAGCCAGUCUACAGUCAACCAUGAGCUUGCCUCUCCUUUGUUUCUCCCUCUAUCCGUGGCCCUUGCUGGCUAUAUUCUCAUCCGAAGACACAAUCCAGGAGGGCCAAAUUGAAGACUUACACUCGUGAUCCAGACCCUUGUGUGCUCACUGGUGUGAUUAAAGGGACCAUUGGCCACAUUUCAUCUUUAUGUUUCUACCAUUUGUUUAGAAAACAUCUCCUGACCAUAUGAAUAGCUAGUAUUAUCUUUUUACCAACUGCUUCCUGGAGUCCUAACAUAGAAAUUUUGGAUUGAAAGCUGAGCACAAGGAUUUUGAGUGAGUAAAGACUGGGGUAAGAGGGUAGAGAAGAGUCAAUGAAAAGCAUCACGAAGAGAUUAAUCAAGAGCAGGAAUGGAAAACCCAAGAAGAGAGGCUAGAGGAGGGUUAACAGUAGCAAUAAGAAAAACUUUUAAAUAACUCCAAAGAGAAAAUGGCCCAUGUUGCUAAAGAACCGUUAUACUUGAGGACAUGGAAGAAUUUGUCUGACUUUCUCCUUAGGGGAGAGAUCCCUCCCCUGCAAGCCUCAGUACACUUAGCCCUCCAGCCCACUGGAACCUGAAUCGGGAGAGAGCUUUUCCUUGAAUAAUUAGCAUUUGUUUUGAGAGGCAAAUAUAGCCCCAAGAACACAAGGUUUGGGGAACACAUGGGUCUUUUAUAUAGCCCAACCCCAUAAAUCAAUUUCACUUUCUUUUUAUAUUUAUCAUUCCAUAUCAAGCCUUUUAUAUCAAAUAUUUGUCAUGUUUUGUAUAAUUUUUAUAACUACUUUAUUCAUUUUACUAGAUUCAUUCUAAAAUUUUUUAAAUGGUAAAUCCUUAAACUGUGGAAACCACUGAAGGUGCUUAUUAACUGUUCCCCCAGAUUUAUACAAGUAUUGGGUGAUUCCUUGAGUUUACAGCUGUAUAAAUAUUAGAACAGAAAAUAAAAAUUUUUUUGUUCGUUAAGAA